UACAGUAUGCCAGUCGUAUCAUUUUACUUGAUCGUUUUUACAAAGAGUAUAAAUCCCGGGUCUGCGAAAAUAUUGUCUGACAUAUAGCAGUCCGUGGUGCAAAAAAGGUUGGGGACCGCUGUUUUAGAGAACACAAUUCAGUGAGUAAAACAUUUUACACACCGUGAACAGCUAUCACAGCUAAUUUUAAAAGUCAUCCUGACUGGUUUGUAAAAAAUUAAGGCUUAGAUAUCAUUUAACACCCUUUUAUAUCGUGUUUCAAUAACUACAUCAUGUGCUAAAUACACAAAAUGGUACACCUACCGAGACAACUCGAUUGAGAUUCAUAUCAAUUUCCAACGGAGUUCAACAACAUUCACCAGCCUGGUGUAUCUGCAAAUAAGCUAUGAAAUAUAUUCUGAAUCCUUUUUAUGCUUAAAUUGCUUUUUAUGGAAGAUUUACCUCGUUUCUAUAUGCUGCCACCCAGUGGUGAAAAUCGGAGUUGCACUUGAUUUCCUAAUGUCAGCAGGAAAUGCAUUACAUUGAGGUAAUUAAGGGGUUAAAUUAACAGGGUUACAAUAAAUACAUUCGGAAAACAGGAAAACAGCAUUUUCAUAUUUAAUUGGAUUUAAUUUGGGGAUACAUUCUUUUAUACCUUUCAAAAAAUGAUAAUGGACCAUCCUCCUGGUGCCAUAUAGGCUAUAACAGUCAAGUGGAGAACCCUGCGUGUCAAAUAUUGAAAGGGAUACCCGGUGUGUCAUUAUGUGACGCAGAGGGAGCCUGACCAAGCGUCCAAAUGUGACGAGUUGGGAUGGAGAAUGUGUAGGAAUAUUUUCUUAAUUGAAUACUUCAAUACUUCAACUUGAGUAGAUGUUUAAACGAGUAACUUUUAAUUGUAGUUGAUUAAGUUUUUAAUAGUAUCAAGUACUACUAUUGAGUACUUCGUCCACCACAGUGGAGAUUAAGAAAAAAGCAGCUUUGGAUUGAAAUUUCUUUCCAAAUUCAGAUUCAGAUUUAUUGCACAAUAUUUCAAACUAUGGUAGAAAACCUUAGAAAGCGGCCAGUGAGCUUUAGAACUCGCUCCUUUGCCUCAUUAAAUGCAAACUUUGACUGAACUCACCUUUGGGUGAGGAUAAAAAUAUAUUACUGCAGAAAAACGUGCUUUGUUUGAUGCUAAUUAGCUGGUGCAGUUAGCACGCUUUUCUAAUUGAUCUCACGCACGCGUGCGUGCGCACGCUCACCCGCUGCCAUGGAAACGGAGCACCAGCCAUCUUUAACGCUCAUUUCUAACCUGAACCUUGGAGAUUGCAGUUGCUGCUUUCUGUGGUUUGCUAAUCUGCUAAAGGUGGGCUUCGCAUCGCUGGACAACUGGUUCCUGGAUCAUCUGAAAGUUCCAGUCGCUGCCCUUCCUGACCCGGAGCUCCCGUUCUGGAUUCAGGAACUGGGUAAUUUUAAUUUCAAUUUUAAUAACGUCAUGGGAGAACUGAGGAGAAGGAUGAGGAUGAGGAGGUUGAGAGAACAGUUACACAUUGAGGAGGUGGAGGAAGGUUUUUUUGAUGAUGAGGAGGAGGAGGUAGAGGCUGAAGCAGUAGUGGUGGAGGAGAAUGAGGAGGUGGAGAUACAGGAUUUUGUGGAGGUAGAGGUUGAGGACGAGGUUGAGGAUGAGGCUGAGGACGAGGAUGAGUAUUAUAGGUAUUUUUCUAGCGAGUCUCUUGGUGGGGCUGAGGACGAGGAUGAGGCUGAGGACGAGGAUGACGAGGAGGAUGAGUUUGAGGCUGAGGAUGAAUUUGAGGCUGAGGAUGAGGCUGAGGAUGAGGAUGAGGAUUAUAGGUCUUUUUCUAGCGAGUUUCUUGAGGUAUCUAGUGCGUUCUCCGGAUAUGACACCACAAGCUCUGAGGAAGAAGACGAUGAAGAUUCCCCGGACUGCCAAAAAGACCGUGCCUCUAGGAAAAGGAGAAGAGACGAAGAUGAGGAAGAUGAUGAAGACAAUGACCACCUUCCACCUCUUCUUCGGUUCCCCCUGAGGAUCCCCCCCCCCUUCAGACUCCCUUGGAACCAGGAGGAGCCGGAGGAUUCCCCGGACUGCCAAGAAGACCGUGCCUCCAGGAGAAGGAGAAGAGAGGAAGAUGAUGAAGAGGAGCCCCCUGGGAAGAGGCCUUGUGGCGAGAGGCAUGUUUGA